UUAUGUCUUUAUGGAAAUUCAUAUUGAUAACAUGCUCCAUGCAACAAUUUCUGGAACAGUUUAGAACUCCUCCUACCCGCUCCUACCUCUGCACGGAAGAGUAGACUGUUCAAUAUGAACGUCACCUGUGUACGCACCUAUCACGUAGAGGUAAAGGUGGUCUGCGUGCUGCAGGGGAAGGAGAAAUUCACCGUUGAAACAUUUUUUGAAGACCGCUGUUAUGGCGGAGUCUCAGCUUACGUGCAUGGACGACGAGAAUGUCAACGAAAAGAUACCAGAAUCCAAACCAGAAUUCUACUACAGCGAAGAGCAGAGGGCUGCACUCGAGCAGCUAUUGAAGAACGGUGAUGGCGCGUUCAAGAUGAGACUGAAAGAGGACAACGUGAAAGACUUUCUGUCGGGCCGCGAGAUAAAAUGGAUUCGGAAAACUUUUGAGGAAUAUGACCAAGAUAGUGACUCUGAGAAUAUCGGAUACGAAAAGGCCCAGGACUCUUAUGUAGAUUCAGGUGUCCACUCCACGUACUGGCCUCAGAUGUCGGAUACGGAGAUCCCCCCGCUUGAUAUUGGUUGGCCUGGUAGCACAGGGUUCUACAAAGGUGUCACGCGAGUGUCAGUUUACACUCACCCUCCCAAAGAGAACUGGCCUCACAUAAAGGAGGUGGUGAGGAGACUUAUUCAAGAUUCUAACAAGGUGGUAGCCGUGAUCAUGGACAUGCUUACAGACUUACACAUUCUCCAGGACUUAUUGGAUGCAGCACACAGGAGAGGGGUGGCAGUGUACAUCAUAUUGGAGGCUUGUGGUGUGCCCCACUUUCUGGAUAUGUGCACACGGUUACAGAUCAGUGCUCUGCAUCUGCGGAACCUGCGUGUGCGAACGGUGAAAGGCUGUGGGUUGGCCCUGUCCUUUGGGAAGUUACCCGGUUCUCUGGGCUCCAAAUACAUGCUGGUGGACGGAGAAAAAGUCAUGUUUGGCUCUUACAGCUUCACAUGGAGCUCUUCUCGGAUGGACAGGAACACGAUAACAGUAAUGUCUGGGCAGGUGGUGGACUUCUUUGACAAUGACUUCAGGGAAAUAUACGCUGCAUCCAACAAUGUGGAUCUUUACAAGGAGUUCCAUAUCAGCAAGCCUCCCAUGCCCGCACCAGUGAAGAUUUCGGCGGAGAUCCCCAAGCCCCUGACAGUGUCCACCUCCCGUUUCCAGGUGUCUCUAGGGGACUCUCGAGGGCAGGCGGACAUGAGGGUUCCUGCUCAUAAAUAUCACAACCCGAAGUAUUCUCUGGUGGUAGGGAACAGUCUGGGGCUCACAGGCUCCUUGCAGGACCUGUCCACACACAGAGAUAGCCUGGUCAAUGGCCAUAAACACAAUGGCCUCUCCAAGCUGCUCCGUGCCAACUACGGUAGUAGUGUGGAUCUGGACACGAUCACCAACACGUCCCAAAGUUCUCCUAUGGAGGAUGGGGAGGAGGAGAAAGGGGGCUUGAAGAAGCUUCAGGCUAUUGCUAAAAAACGCAGUUCCUUCAGACUCUUCCUGAAAGGCAGAGGAUCCAGUCACAAUAGUGAGACUAUAGAGGAACAUGUUGCUAUUUCUUCAAGCGCAUCCCCUACACCCCAGAGCUUUUCUCCUGCCUGCACAAAACCCUCAUUUACACGCUCAAUCCCCUCCCCUACCCACCCAGUCCUCUCCCCUACACAACCAAUACCCUCCCCUGCACAAUCUAUCCCCUCCCCUGCGCGGCCAGUACCCUCCUCUACACACCUAAACCCCACCCCUACAUGCCUAAACCCCACCCUUACAAGCCCAGACCCCUCCUCUACCCGGAAAGUCUCAGAAACCAAUGGCACUGACACUGAGGACUCAUUUGAGAUUAUAGAGAAACCUUCCUUGUUGAAAUUUAACAAAAAGCACUCAAAUUUGUCUCAAAGAAGUAUUUCCCUAAUGACCCUCAACAGAGGAGAGGAUGUCGAAAAGCAACACAAGAAGCCUUUGAAGAAAAACUGCAUUCAGUCCUGAGAUGAAGAGGACAGUGAAUGGAGGAAGUUCACCUGCAAGGUAGAAGCAGCGAACCAUGUGCUUUUGAAGUGAUUGUAUCAGAUGCAGUAUAAGAUUUGCUACCAUAUUAAUGGGUUAGAGCAUCUCACCAGUAACCCAGAGGUAGCUACGUCAAAUCCCAGUGCAGGCAAAACAUGUGUUGCUUUGUCCCCUAGCAAUGCCUUGGACCCUAGCUGUUCACAGGUUGUAGCUGUAAUGGAGAAUGAAAAAAUGCACUGUUCAUUCUAUGAUCCUUAGAAAGACUUUGGCUGUCAGUGUUAAACUGCUAAUUAAGAUGAGCCUCAGGUUGAAGUUUACCUGGAGGAAUUUGAUUGCUCCUACCAGUGAGUGUUGCUUGAGUGCUGCCGGUAUUGAUGCCAAAUGACGACAUUCCCCAGCUAUGUCAGGGAAUUGACAAUGCAGACAUGAUCUGUCAAUCAUUUUAUGCUUGAAAGAUUGUCUUUUGUUACUGGUUAAAUAAGAAGUCAACAUUGUGUAUAUUCCCUGAUCGUUUUUGUUGUCAUGGCAGCUUUUAAAAACACAUCCAUCCUAAUUAUCUGUUCUAAAAGUGUCUGUCCUACAUUAGAAAGGGGAAAGGAAAAGUGAUCAGCUCUCUCCUCUUACACAGGAGUAUAAUUUUACCAAGGACGCUUUGUUGAAUUGUUUCUGGUCUGGACCUUAACUCCACUGGAGUGGGUAGUCCCUGAAUAAUGAAUGAUGUAUUGAGAGAUCAGGCUGUUUUGCUGUUAACAUGGUACAAUUCAUUGUCUGACAAUUCGACUGAAGAUCUCACAAUGUUUUUUGUUUAUCGCACCAUUUUCUAAACUCCAGACUGUAAAUCGCAGGAGGUCAAUUCCUUCUGUGAUACUGGAACCACCAUGUCUGGCACCAGGUCGCAUAGAUCACACCUUUUCCCCAUUCUUUGACCAAUCAAAUGAACUUCUUGACCUUGUUUGCAUGAUUUAUAUAUUGAAUUGUAAUGAUAUGUUUCACUUCUUAGCUAUUUGCUAUUUGUAGGGGACAAUUACUGCUAACCACUAGCUAACAUAAAGAGUGACAUGUAAUUCAAUGUAGAGAAAUGUAAGGCUGGUGACGGUUAGAAAUGUGUUUUAUUUUAUUGAGUGGUAGACGUAAGAAAUGUCUCACACAUACUUUGUUGGAACUCCUUACUGAAAGUCAACCACCAACAACAGACAGUCAGAUUCCCACACAUACACUGUACCGGCACAAUGUGUCAGUGCUGCGGGCUGGGUGACAGUGGAUCAAACCAUUGUGAGGCAAAGGGCGGGGGUGUCACAAUUUUUUUAAACUUCAAUGCGUUAUAAUAUGUCUAUAAUCAGCAGGGUUGGGUAGGUUACUUUAUAAAUGUAAUCCGUUGUAGU